AUGGAGAAUCAGAGAAGGACUAUCCUUGUAAUUCUUUUCUCAUGGAUUCUCAUGGUCGACGCCUUGGGAGCUGAAAGCAGCACAACAAUCCCUGUGGACGUCGGAGUUAUCAUAGACCUUGAUGACCCGAUUGGGAAAAUGUAUUUGAGUUGCAUCGAAAUGGCACUCUCGGAUUUCUAUGCUUCCCAUGCUCACUACAAGAGAAGGCUCGUUUUGAAAACCAGGAACUCCAACAGAGAUGUGGUUGGUGCCGCUGCCGCAGCUUUAGAUCUGAUAAAGAAUGUAGAAGUGAAAGCCAUUAUGGGACCAAUGUCAUCAAUGCAAGCAAGUUUUGUUGUCAGUCUUGGGGAGCAAGCCCAUGUACCCAUCAUAUCAUUUUCUGCAACAAGCCCUUCUCUUACUUCACUUCAGAGUUCUUACUUUUUUCGAUUUGCACAAAAUGACUUGAACCAAGUGAAAGCUAUAAGUGGUAUUGUUCAAAACUUUAGAUGGAGACGAGUUGUACCCAUCUACGUAGAUAAUAUGUACGGGGAGGGAAUCAUACCUUUUCUAAUUGAUGCCUUGCAAGAGGUUGAUGUUCACAUCCCCCACAGAAGUCCAAUUCAUGAAUCAGCCACUAAUGCUGAUAUUGAAAAGGAGCUUUACAAGUUGAUGACGAUGCAAACUCGAGUCUUCAUUGUGCAUAUGAAGCCUAAUCUUUCAUCUCGGUUAUUUUCUAAGGCAAAAGAGUUGGGAAUGAUGAAUGAGGGAUUUGUUUGGAUCACGACUAAUGGUAUUGGAAAUAACUUAAAGUCUAUGGAUUCAACUUUGGAUUCGAUGCAAGGACUGUUGAGUGUAGAAAGUUAUAUUUCAAAGACCAGGAAGCUUAGACUAUUCAAAUCAAGGUGGAAAAAGAAAUUUUAUCAAGAUAAUCCGGAAAACAUUGAUGUUCAAUUAGAUGCUUUUGGAUUGCGGGCAUAUGAUGCUGCUUUUGCAUUAGCCAUGGCAUUUGAGAAUGAUGCCGAUGUACGUUUCCAAUUUCAAAAGAGGAUUGUUUCUUCCUUCAAUUCAACAGAUCUUGAUACUUUUGAGGUCUCUCAAUACGGUUCGAAACUUUCUAGUGCAUUAUCCACUAUUCAUUUUAAAGGUAUGGCAGGAAACUUUAAUCUUGUUGAUAGGCAACUUAAUAUAUCAACUUUUAGGAUUGUUAAUGUGAAUGGUGAUGGAACAAGAACAGUUGGGUAUUGGAAACCAGAAAACGGAAGGGUAGUUAAGCGAUUGAAUUCAUCAAGAAGCAGUAGAAUAUCAACUUCCAAGUGUGAUCUUCGACCUAUUUUAUGGCCUGGAGAGUCGUCAUCAAUUCCUAAGGGAUGGGAUAUCCCAGCAAACGGUACCAAGCUAAGAAUAGGAGUUCCUGUGAAGGAUGGUUUUCUAGAGUUUGUUAAUGUGUUCAGAAAUCCAAGUACUAAUACAGUGGAUGUCACCGGAUUCAGCAUUGAAGUGUUUAAGGCCGUAUUGGAGAUCUUACCAUAUGCGCUUCCUUAUGAGUUUAUUCCUUUUGCAAAUGCUAAUGGAAGCAGCGCUGGCACAUACAAUGAUUUGGUGUAUCAAGUACAUGAUGGGAAGUUUGAUGCUGUGGUCGGAGAUGCAACGAUUAGAGCAAACAGGUCAUUGUAUGUGGGUUUUACUAUGCCAUAUACCGAGUCUGGUGUAGUGAUGGUUGUGCCAAUACAAGACAAGAGGACCAAAAGUGCAUGGGUUUUCUUAAAGCCUUUGACAUGGGACCUUUGGAUGACAACUUUGUGUUUUUUCAUAUUUAUAGGCUUUGUAAUUUGGGUGCUUGAACAUCGAAUUAAUGAUGAUUUUCGUGGUUCUCCUUCGCAUCAAGUUGGCACAAGCUUUUGGUUCUCUUUCUCAACCAUGGUUUUCUCACAAAGGGAGAAAGUGGUUAGUAACUUGGCAAGAUUUGUGAUGAUCAUAUGGAUAUUCGUCGUGCUAAUAGUGACACAGAGCUACACAGCUAGUCUAGCAUCACUAUUAACCAUCCAACAACUCCAACCAACUGUUACAGAUAUAAAUGAUCUACUGAGGAAUAGAGAAAAUGUGGGUUAUAUGCAGAGUUCUUAUAUUUAUGAUAUCUUGAAACAAAAAGGUUUUAAAGAUUACAGGCUUACAGGCUACAAAGAUAUGGAAGGAAUAGAUGAAGCUCUUUCAAAGGGGAGUGCAAAGGGUGGUAUUGCUGCUAUUUUCCAUGAAACCCCCUAUAUGAAGCUUUUUGUUGCAAAAUAUUGUUCCAAGUAUACCAUGAUUGGACCUAUAUUUAGAACCGAUGGCUUUGCUUUUGUAUUUCCGAUAGGUUCUCCUCUUAUACCCGAUGUUUCACAAGCAAUCCUCAAUUUGACCGAAGAAGAGAAGAUAAUGAACAUUGAAGACAAAUGGUUCAAGAAAGAAAACAAUUGCAAAAAUUCAAAUACUGACAAAUUAUACAGCAGUAGUCUUGGCCUUGAGAGCUUUUGGAUCCUAUUUCUCAUUGCUGGGGUAGCUUCAAUAUUAGCUCUCCUCAUAUUCGCAGCUUCCUUCCUUCACAAGUAUAAGAAAGUUUUGACGACUUCCGAUUCAAGUGCUUCCAAGUGGAAAAGGAUUAGGACUAUGUUAAAGAUUUUCAAUGACAAAGAACGAAACCACUCUAAUACUGAAGCAAAGGCUGUUGUUGCUCCAGAUGAUGAAGUGAAUGCCUCACCAAGCAACAACUUCAGCUAUACCAACCAGCAGACAAGUGCAACUUCUGUAUUCUAUGCAGAGCGAGAAACUCCAUCUCGCAAUCAAGCAUCUCCAGAAAUCAUUCCAACUUUUACGCAUGCUUUCACUAUUCAAGAUAUGUUUGCAACUCCUAGAAUCACUCAAGAAAGAGGUUGA